GUCGGUACAGCAAGCCUCAAGGCGCGGAGUGGGGCGUCGCUAAACAAAAACACGUACACGCGGAGCGCGCGCGCGCUGAUUGGUCGGCGGCGGAGCGGCCCCCGGCUCCCGCGGCCGGCGCGCCGGGCCCUCACUCGCGCCCCGGCCGCCGCCGCGAACAUGUGCAGCGGAGCCGACGGAGGCUCCUGGCCGCUGGCCAAAGACGCGCCCGCCGUCACCGCCGCCGCCAUAGACCACUACCGCUUGCAGCUGUACAACUACGCCGUGGCCGAGCGCCUGCGCCUGUACCCGCCGGCCCUGGCGCCCUGCUAUGGGCCCUACGCGCCGCGCCUCGCGCUCUCCAUGUCCCUGCUGCAGCAGCGCGCGCUGCAGCCCGAAGAACCCAAGCCGCAGCACAGCUACAUCGGCCUCAUUGCGAUGGCCAUCCUCAACUCUCCCGACUGCAAACUGGUCCUCUCCGACAUCUACCAGCACAUCUUAGACAACUACCCAUACUUCAGAUCCCGCGGCCCCGGAUGGAGGAACUCGAUCCGCCACAAUCUGUCUCUCAAUGACUGCUUCGUCAAGGCGGGGAGGUCCGCGAACGGGAAGGGCCACUACUGGGCUAUUCACCCGGCGAACGUCGAGGACUUUCGCAAAGGCGACUUCCGAAGACGCAAGGCCCAAAGGAAGGUGCGGAAGCACAUGGGGCUGGCCGUGGACGACGACGGCGAGGACUCCCCGUCGCCGCCGCCGCAGUCACCGCCGCCGACGACUCUGGCGCUUCCGUUCUGGGGCGGGAGGAUCCCGACGGGGACGCAGACACGAAAGCGGCAGUUCGAUGUAGCUUCGCUCCUCGCGCCCGACGAAGGCCCGCAGAAACGCGAGCGGAGAGACAGCAGCGGAGAGGAGGAGGUCGAGGAGGACAUCGACGUGGUAGCGAGUGACCAGGAGGAAGUGCGGCCAGCGGAGGAAGAGGCGCGGCCGCCGCUGGCCCCGGCGGCUCACUACCCGUUGCUGCGCGGCUGGUGGCCGGCGCUGGACCCCGCGCUGCUGCAGCAGCUGCGUCGCCACGCGUCGCCGCACUCGCCCGCGCCGCCCAGCCCACCCGACCAGCAGCGCCCGCCGGACACUUAAACUGCAAUCGCAAACACCCUAAACCUCGGAUAUAAACACGAAACAGUGGACUCUUUGCGGCGGUAGACGUGCUGUGCUAUGUAUAAAUGUGAAUAGUGAAUCAGUAUUAUUUCCCGAAAAUAUUGUGUAGUGGAUAUUCAAUCUGUUUUCCUAAGGUUAUCUUGUUUUCUGUACUAUAUUUUUCUGUAGAAACUAUUUUAUAGAGAUUCGCACGCGUUGAACUCUUUUCUUCGCGUGUGUUAUUAUUUUUAUGCUUUAUUUUAUUUUCAUUUAAUUUCAUGCCAGUUCGAUAUUAUCAGGUCAAUAAUAUCAACUUGAAUUAUUAUUAUUUCAAAUUAUUAUAAAUUUUUAAUUUACAAAUAGUCUAUAAUCUGUUUAUACCUACUUUAACGUGUUUCCCUUUGAGUAUUUCUUCUAUAUAUAAACGUGUAAAUUAUUGUAAAUCUACCUUCUUAUUAGUGCUACGUGUACCCGUGAUCCGUGUAGCUACUUCAUAGUAAAUGAUAUUACCUAUAUACUAUUAAAGUCUGAAAAACGACCAAGUGACUGUAGAUAUUCGUAGAAACUAUUUGUAUAUAAAGUUAAAGCAUCUAAUACUCAUUGUUGUUAUAGUAACAUGUGAAUAUAACGUUAUCGCUUAUGUACUAGGAAAAGUCGGAUAAAUAAUAUAAGUAGGUAUAAGACAAUUCUAUGAAAUUCAAUAAAUAGAAAUUAUACUUA